AUGCUCCGGCGAGGAGAACGCCGCCCGGCGACGGAGGCGCCGCAAGAAACGGCGGAAGCAUCGCUGGUGACGGCGGAGGUGGCGCCGGGAUGCGGUGGGCUUCACCGCGCGCUGGCCGAGUGCCACCGGCGCGCGCGGGAUCCCUGGCUGCUAGAGGCCGCCUGCCGACACCUCAACCGCGCGCUCGCCGAUUGUCUGGUGGAGGCAGCGGCGGCUUGCUCCAGCGAGGCGGAGGCGACGCGGAUCCUGUGUUCCAGCGCCGGCACCGCCGCCAAGCGCGCGCAGUGCCGGCGCGCCGAGAUCGCUCUCUCCGCCUGCCUCUCCUCGCUCCAGUCCCCGCCGUAG